GAUGCUGAUGCUGACCUUCUAAAACAUUAGUGCCACUGGAUCACGUGUUUAAUUUUCACACGUACAUUUCUCUCUCGAUCACGUGGUACCCUUUUUCCCAUUCACGCACGUGACCCGGAUUUUCACGUGCCUUCUUCCUUCUUUUUCCCAUCACGUGCCUCACUUCAAUCAUCAUCACGUGAUACCCUUGAGGACACUCGAUCAUGGCUCAAGGUAGCAAUGGCUGGCAAGGCCAUCCCUAUCCAAAUGGGAUUGGUGUCUCCCAAGAAGAGGACCAUUUGAAUAACUUCAAUGGCUACCAACAAUAUCCUGGCCACCAGUACAGCCAACCAGACCUUGGUCAAUACUCCAACGCAGCCACUUUUCCCGGAUAUCCCUCUCUCCAAUCUGGAGGCCAGUUCGGAAACGGUGCCUUCGCUGGAGGGAACAUGACAGAUCAGACAUCCUACUACUCUAACACUCAUCAGUUUAACAAUGACCCCAAUGGAAGCGGCCUCCAUGGCCACGGUGGACAUGACUUACAACAAUACGGGGGACCUUUCAACAACCAUGCUGGAUAUGAGGCACCUCUUCAAAAUCAGCUUCCUCCCCAGUAUGUUACUGAGCAGGCUAGUCAGAGCCACAGCCACACACCGAAUACAUUUGGUGCCCAGUCAUGGCAGACCCAACCAGUUCAACAACUCCCACCUCAGUUCAAUCAAAGAACAGUAGGGUUUAGCCAUCAUAGCCCGCAAUUGAUGUACCAACAACAACAACCCCAGCAACACCAGCAUCAGCAACAGCAACAACAUCAGCAACAGCAACAGACCCAACAGCCACAACAACAUCAACUACAGCCUCAGCAGCAGCAGCACCAACAGCCGCAGCAACCACAACAGCUGCAACACCCGCAGCAUCCACAGCAUCAAAUUCCUUUUACUAGAGCGUUCUUCGGUCCUGAAGGUGUUGACUCCCAGAACAGGCAAGGUCACUUCCCUCAACCCUCGCAGCCCAUGCUCCAAUAUCAAGGUCGGCAACAUUCGAAUGGGGCGACAGUACAGUUGCAACCUAUGGCAGCGGCGACGCCUCAGAAUUUUGCUGAGACUCAAAGGUCAGUUCAACCGCAGCAUUAUCAGCAGAUGCGGGGUGUUCAGUCAACAUCUACCCCUCCAUCUGCCCAAAGCUUGCAGACCAUCCAAAUUGUGGGGCACCAGGCACUCAACGAGGUACCUAACGAGGCAGCGAGAGCAGAGGAUGAUGAACUUUGGGAGAUUCCGGAAGGCUUUCCGUACCUUAUGGUAAAAAACCCACCCAAAACGAAGCAGGGUAAAUUCCGUGCUGUCUGCACCGAACCAACUAAAUCUUACACUACAAAACGCGACACGCGUACUUCACAUUUGUUACCUCAUCGCAACUUGCGACUUCCAUGCGAAAUACAGAGAGACCUACAAGACUUAAAUACCAAGCUUCAGUCCAAAUCAUUAUCUGCGAAUGAAAGAAGUACUAUUGAGAACGAGAUUCAAAAAUUGUACGACGAACCUGUUCUUGUAGCAGACAACGAAGGUCCUAAAUCCGUUCCUCGUCCUCCCAAAGCCAAGGCCUCUGCUAAGCGAAAAUCAACAAUCAUGGAUCCUACCAAGAAAUUAGAUCACCUAGGGGCGGGCGGUGAUGACCAGGAGGAUCCUAAGGAUACUCAAGCUCGCGAGAUCGCGUCAAAACCGCGACCCGAAGCCCCUCUUCAAGCUGUUGAAUAUGACAUUGUCAAGAUUCUUUGGCAUGACCCAAAGCAUCCUGAACUUUCACCUGAUGCCCUCAGGAACAACAUUGACAAGUUUGGUGAUUAUGUUACGGGCAUUCGGACCAAAAUUAAAAUGCUGAGGGAAGGGAAGGAUGUAGGGGGAGAAGACAAACGUGCUGCCUUGGAAGCGAAGCACCUUGAGAUCCAUGCUGCUAUUGACGCCGCCCUCAAGUUUGGUGAUAAGUUCCUUCUCACCCAACUUGGCACGCAUAAGAAGCUUGUUGCUGGCUUACACUCUGUGUUGUUUACUCGCUUUUCUUCAAGCGAUUACAAUGGCCCGUACCCAAAGGCCAUUCUCAAGCUUCUCUCUCUGUUUGCCACGGUAGACACAGACUUAUUAGAAAAGGUCAAGAUGAGCAGAACGCAACAGAAGGUCAAGGGAAAUGUUGACAACGAAGCUGCUAAUUAUAUUAGCCUGAUUAUUGAGAACGCUGAAAAACGCUCAGCUUUCAAUGCCCAAGAGGCUGCCGAGGAUUCCAAGAAGACGGACGAUGCCAAGAAGCCUACCUCUAGUGUUUCCAAGAAGGUAUCUACGACAAGCACCAAAGAUAGUCCGUCAACGUCAAAGGCAUCGCCGCUGAAGACCUCAGUUCAACCGAAGAAAUUGAGCGCGGGAAUCAAGAAGAUGCGACCAACUGACUAUUCCGGUCUGGGAUCUGCGAGAAAGAUUAGCAACGUAGCAACUAAGGCAACGCCUCCUCAAGCCUCUUUCAAGAGACCAGGUGACGGGGAUGUCGAUACUCGUGCUCCGAAAAAGACCGCGGUUGAGAGCGAGACAGGUACUCCAUCGACUGCUAAAGCACCAUCCACCACGACUCCUUCCAGUUCUCAAACAUCAUCGGCAUUGUCAACACAGGGUCGUUCUAGGCCUAGCGGAUCGAUGCUUCCUGGCCGAUCUCGUGUUCUUCCUAAGGCCCAACUGAAGAAGCCAACUCCCCAACCGUCGAGCACUUCAUCUGCCAUUGGAAAUAUCCUGGCUGAGAUUUCGAAGCCGAAGGAGGUGUCUAAACCCCGAGAUGAACCAGAACGAGCCCCUGAAACCCCAGAAGAGACUGCGCGAAGAUUGCGUAAGGAGUCUCGACGACAUCUUCGCGUUUCAUGGAAGCCCGAUGAUGAGCUCACUGAAAUCCGAAUUCUAGAGCAUGAUACAUCUGAAGAUAGGGGCCGGGAUCAUAGUAUGCUCCGAGAUGCGCGAGAUAACCGCUCCGAAGGACGGAUGUUCAAACAACAAGUGCAAGAUCAAGAUACCCAAGAUCGCGAUGACGAUUUCGAAGAGAAUCGGGAGGUUGCCUUACAAUCUUGGUACAAUCCUAUCUUGGUUUCAGUCAGCUCAGAGGCAGGCGGUAUUCCUCUAGAGAACCAACAAAAGAAUUUUGUGACACGUGGUGGAAAGCGCCCGGUUGAAUCUGAACAGAAGAAGAUCAUGGGAGACUACGAAAGUCGCGAGUUGAUGGCUAUCUACACUAGCGUGUCAGAAAUUCCAGAUACUCCACGAUCUCCAAGCGGCAAGUUCGUCGAUGUUUCUAGCCAACCAAAGAUUAUUGCUGUGCCAUCAACCCCCGCGAAGUGGCUCGAGACAUUACCUGCUACAACCCCACGACGCAUUGAGAUUCACCAGCGUACGUCUGACCAACUCAACUUUGGUCCUCACCUUGCACUUGACCGAGCGGUUCGUCGAUUGCGUGCUACGCCUAUCACAGCACCAGAUUUGUUCGACAAUGCCAUCGUCAAGAUGGCUCGCCCACGCAGCGAAAAGGAGCGUGCCGAUGAAGUCUUGUCAUUAUUGCAGUCUGAUAAGGUGAAGAAUUACGUGGAUCCAGAUCCGUAUGACCCCGCCCAUCCCAAGACGCAACGCCGUCACGACUACGCGGAUCCGAAGGUCCAACGAGACGUAGACGCUCUCGAAGACGUAUUUGCCAAGUUCAAGGGCAAACCAUACCCGGCUACCCAGCCCCCUGAACAUUUGCAUUCGAAUCCGGACCGCGUCACAGAGUGGUGGGACGGCUACAAUCGCCUGCUGAUGUCUAGCGCACUUCAGCCUAAGCAGCCACAGCCACCCCAACCACAAGCUCAGAUUGCUCAUUAUGAAUCACAACAGCAGCAAUCACAACUACCCCAAGAGUAUGCAGCGAUCCUUCAGCAAGUACAGGCUCUCCAGGCCGGUCAAGCUGUUACGCAGCCAAUAGCUCAACCUAUGGCUCAACCAUAUGCACAACCCAUUACUCAAUCAGCUCAGAGCGCCGCAGAGCCGGCACCAAACCAGGUGACCGUUGCCGUACGCAACAUUUUAGCUGCAUUAGGCACGCCCGUGGGAACUCCAGUAUCGGCUCCAAUGCCGACGCCCGCUCCAGCCCCGGCCCCGGCCUUUGCUCCCGCUCCUGUAGCUGCAACUACAUCCACUCCUAAUAUUCAGGAUAUUCUAGCCAUGCUGAACCCAGCUAACAACACGACUGCCAAUCAGGCACAGUCUACGGCUAAUACCUACUACCAAGGCUGGCCCCAGAGCCAGUCUCAGCCUCAGGCGCAGACUAGCUCGGCAUACGGGAGUUAUGGAUACAACGCACAGUCAUAUAGCGGUCAGUCACAGUAUUCUCCGCAGACAGCACAGACCGAGAAUAUGCCCGGCCGACGUGACGAUACCGAACGCGGAAACCGUAAGGAGUUCCAGCGUUCGGCAGCUAAAGACCACAAAGGGAUCAAUCGUUCUCUCAUUGGUACCAAGCCCUGUACCUUUUGGGCUAAGGGUCAAUGUGCGAAAGGCGAUAAGUGCACUUUCCGACACGACCCCAACGAUCUUAAGUAGUUAUGACAAGGAUUGUAUUAUCCUAGAUCUGCGAAAAACCCAGAUCGUUUCUUUUCUUUUUUUUUACCUGUACAACAUUUGGCAUCCUCCGGAGUUGUCCCACGAGUCAGUAACGGGAGGUAUGAAAGGGAUGGCAUUUGCAUUGCGACGGCGGAUCCGGGAUGGAUCAUGAAAGGGCUUCUCUGCCUUGUUUGACUACGCUUGUCUUUUCCCCUUCCCUUUACUUUACUUCAUCACUCCACCUAAUUUACCCCAUCUCCUUGGAGAAGCACGGUUCUACCGGGUAUCACUCUCAAGGGAUGUUUUUUUCCGAAAACAAAAGGCAUGAGAGAGGCGUUCACGAAUUGAUGUUUGCAUUUCCGCUUCCUCUUUACGAGGAUGGUUUCUUCGGGGAUCUUUAAGGACACCUCGUUGAGGAAUAUGUAUAAUAGUUGCUUCUCUGCAUGACACGGCUUCGAUACUGGUCCUGUACACCAAUUGC